CUUCAGUGCCUUUAAAGCUCUUUAACCCCCAGGGCUUGGGCCCAGAGGGUGCAGCUGCCAAAAGCUCCCUGGUUUGGCCUCGCUUUUCCUCCUGAAACUGGGAGCUGGCAGGGGAUGGGUACCAGGGUAGAAGUGCCAGGGUCUGGGGUGUCCACGAUGGAACUGUUGGAGCAGGGCCAGAGGAGGUCCUGGCAGGGCUCUGCUGUGAUGCCAGGCUGGCAGGGCUCUGCUAUGAUGCCAGGCUGGCAGAGCCGAGCUUGGGCAGCCUGGGCAAGGCUCCAGGGAGACCUCUUGGUGGCCUUGCAGAGCUUAAAGAGGCUGAGCAGAAAGCUGGGGGCAGAGUUUUGAGCAGGCCCUGUCGGGACAGGCCAGAGGGGGAUGGUUUGAACCCCAAAAGGCAGAUCCAGACCGGAGAGGAGGGAGAAAUGUUUGGCACUGAGAGCCUUGGCCCAGGCUGCCCGGAGGCAGCAGCUGCCCUGUGCCUGGCACCGCUUGGGGUGCAGUAAGCAUCCUGCUCUGCUUGGGGCUGUCACUACUGCCUGCAGCAGGGUUGGGAGUUGCCCUGGGUGACCUCUCUGAAUCUCCCUUCACCCCAAACCAGCCUGGCAUCCUCUGCUGUGCCAAUGCCAACCCCCUUGGCACGCUCUGCCCCGUGCCCAGCUCGCCCUGCGCCCAUCCCUCGCUGCCUUCUCCCCCCGCAGGUCUGCCAGAGCAUGGAGCCAGCCUCGCUGAGGACCAAAGUCCCUUCCUUCCUCUCUGACCUGGGCAAGGCCACGCUGAGGGGCAUCCGGAAGUGCCCUCGCUGUGGCACCUACAAUGGCACCCGGGGGCUGAGCUGCAAGAACAAGACCUGCGGCACCGUCUUCCGCCACGGCAGCCGCAAGCAGCCCCCCGUGGACGCCGUCAAGAUCAUCACAGGCAGCCCCCUGCAGGUCUACUCGGUCAGGCAGAGGGACAGAGGUGCCGAGCAGAGAGGCUUCGUGGAGCUGGGGCUGUCAGAAACCACCAUCCAGACGGUGGAGGGCACCAUCAUCACCCAGCUCCGCUCCGGGCGCUGCCACCUGCCCUCCUGCCUGAAGGCAGCAGCCCGAGGGGGGGUGGAGAGCCAAUGCCAGCAUGUCAAGCUGGCCCUCAGCUGCCAGACAGAGGCCACCCCUCUGGCCCUGAAGAGCUCAGUGCUCAGCUCCAUGCAGGCAUCCCCUGAGACCAAAGAGAGCCUCUGGCAGUUGGCCACGGAGCCCACGGGGCCACUGGUGCAGAGAGUCACCAAGAACGUCCUGGUGGUCAAGUGCCAGCCCAGCCAGAGGCACAGCCUGGGCUACCUCCACGCCUCCUUCGCCCGCAAGGUGGGCACCAAGUCCUUGGGGGACGCCAAGUUCUCGUGUUCCUGCCAAGCUGUGAAGGCUGGCAAAGGUGGCACGGCCCAGGAGGAGGAGGAGGAGGAGGAGGAGGAGGAGGCAGCAGCCAGGCCAGCCCCGCGCUGCAUUCACUUCUUCGCCUGCCUCUGCGCCUUGGCCAGCGACGAGAGCCUGGCACAGGAGUUCUCUGACUUCCUCUCCUGGGAUGCUGGAGGUCUGAAGGGCCUCGUGGUGCCUCCCUUGCUCAGCAGCCCCCAGGCCCCAGUAGAGGCUGGGGAGGUGACUGCAGCCAGGCCGAGGAAGAGGAGGAAGGAGGUGACAGUGCCUGGUGAGUCCCUGGGGGACAGGGAGGGCCCCCUCCUGGCCCAAGCCACAGCUCACAGCCAGCCCAGGAGGAGCAGCCUGAAGAAGCCAUCGGUGCCCUCCCUGAAGAGACAAGGCUGCAACCAGCUGCUGGACGAGUCCCAAGUGUCCCUUUCCUUCCAGGAGUGGCUUGCCAGUGUCACCGAGCGCAUCCACCAGACCAUGCACUACCAGUUCGAGGGCAAGCCUGAGCCGUUGGUGUUCCACAUCCCUCAGGCCUUCUUUGAUGCCCUGCAGCAGAGGAUCUCCAGUGGCAGCACCAAGAAGAGACUGCCUGACUCCACCACAGCCUUUGUCCGCAGGGAUGCGCUGCCCCUGGGCACCUUCUCCAAGUACUCCUGGCACAUCACCAGCGUGCUGCAGCUGCGCCACAUCUUCCACACGCCCGAGCUGCCCCUGGAGGUCACUCGCAGCUUCAUCCAGAACCGAGAUGGCUCCUUCGAGCUGUUCAGGUGCCCGCGGGUGGAGGUGGAGACCAUCGCCGAGGCUUACGCCCCCCCCCUGGAGAAGCAGCCCCCGAUCCGCCCCCUGGAGCUCAAAACCUUCCUCAAAGUGGGCCACACCUCCCCCGCGCAGAAGGAGCCAACCCCCUUCAUCAUCGAGUGGAUCCCAAACAUCCUGCCCCAGGCUGGCAUCGGGGAGCUGCGCCUCAAGUUCCAGUACGGGCACCAUGGCACCCCCCAGCCCGGGGCACAGCCCCGCCCUGCCCCCCACGCCGACCCCCCCCCGCUGGAGCUCAGCCCCCUCACCUCCAUCACCUUCCCCUGAGCCCCUCCCCGCCCCCACAAACCAGCCCCCCCCCUCCCCAGGCUGAGACCCCCCCCAAAUAAAGCUGGAGCUGCCUGGGUGCUCUCA